UCCCUCCCGGUCCUCCCGCUGCCCGUCUCCUCCACCGCCCGCCUCUCGCCACUGCCUCCCGUCUGCUCUCCCGCACGGCAGCCUCGGUCUCUUUCUCCCUCUCUCCUUUGAAAACUGAUCUUUGGCUCUUAGUGUGAAAGUGAUUUGAAUUUGGCUCGGCGGCGCUCUGCGCCUGCGCUCAGCCUCUGGCAUGCUGGCUCCUUCCAAGCAGCUGUUUUGGGUUUGAAAUUCCAACAUGGCAGAGGCUGCAGUCCGUCUUCCCUUCAAAAACUUGGAAUGAUUUCAAAUCAUAGGCACCUUCACUUAACCCCGGCUUCCAUUCAUCAGCAAACACAUCGGAUCGAUGCUACGCUAACCUAUCGGGUUCUCGCUCCACGCGUUCAGGUUAAAUGAAUACCUGACGAAAGGGCCCACGUUUCAAGGCAGUGACAUUUGAUAGCUGAGAGGAAAAGUGGCUUUAAUGAAAAGCAACCUUUGGAAUUCCUGCUUGUGAGAAAUCCAAUUCAGCUUUUUGUGCUGCCAGCAAGAAAUGAUCAGUAGCACCAGUGUUUAUGGCUUGAAGAUGCAGUGGACGCCAGAGCAUGCCCAGUGGCCAGAACAGCACUUUGAUAUCACCUCUACCACGCGGUCUCCUGCCCACAAAGUGGAAGCCUACAGGGGCCACCUGCAGCGCACCUAUCAGUAUGCCUGGGCAAAUGAUGACAUAUCUGCCCUGACGGCAUCCAACCUCCUCAAGAAAUACGCAGAGAAGUAUUCCGGCAUUCUGGAAGGUCCUGUGGACCGACCCGUGCUCAGCAGCUACUCAGAUGCACCAUCGGGACUAGUGAAUGGUCGGAAAAAUGAAAGUGAACCUUGGCAGCCUUCCCUGAAUUCCGAAGCCGUUUAUCCCAUGAACUGUGUUCCGGAUGUCAUCACUGCCAGCAAAGCUGGAGUCAGUUCAGCCCUCCCUCCAGCAGAUGUCUCCGCAAGUAUAGGGAGCUCUCCGGGGGUGGCCAGCAACCUGACUGAACCUAGCUAUUCAAGUAGUACCUGUGGAAGCCACACUGUACCCAGUCUUCAUGCAGGGCUCCCAACUCAGGAAUAUGCCCCGGGAUACAACGGCUCCUAUUUGCAUUCUACUUACAGUAGCCAGCCAGCACCUGCACUUCCUUCACCUCAUCCAUCACCUUUGCAUAGCUCUGGGCUCCUACAGCCACCACCACCACCUCCUCCACCACCAGCCCUGGUCCCGGGCUACAAUGGGACUUCUAACCUCUCCAGUUACAGCUAUCCCUCCGCUAGCUAUCCUCCUCAGACUGCUGUGGGGUCUGGGUACAGCCCUGGAGGUGCACCCCCUCCUCCGUCAGCGUACCUGCCUUCAGGAAUUCCUGCUCCGACUCCCCUGCCCCCCACUACUGUUCCUGGCUACACCUAUCAAGGUCAUGGCUUAACACCUAUUGCACCCUCGGCUCUGGCAAACAGUUCUGCAAGUUCUCUCAAAAGGAAAGCUUUCUAUAUGGCAGGGCAAGGAGAUAUGGACUCCAGUUAUGGAAAUUACAGCUAUGGCCAACAGAGAUCUACACAGAGUCCUAUGUACAGGAUGCCCGACAACAGCAUUUCAAACACAAAUCGGGGAAAUGGCUUUGACAGAAGUGCUGAAACAUCAUCCUUAGCAUUUAAGCCAACAAAGCAGCUAAUGUCCUCUGAACAGCAAAGGAAAUUCAGCAGCCAGUCCAAUAGGGCUCUGACCCCUCCUUCCUACAGUACUGCUAAAAAUUCACUGGGAUCCAGAUCCAGUGAAUCCUUUGGGAAGUACACGUCGCCAGUAAUGAGUGAGCACGGGGAGGAGCACAGGCAGCUCCUCUCUCACACAAUGCAAGGCCCUGGACUCCGUGCAGCUACCUCAUCCAACCACUCUGUGGACGAACAACUGAAGAAUACUGACACGCACCUCAUUGACCUGGUAACCAAUGAGAUUAUCACCCAAGGACCUCCAGUGGACUGGAAUGACAUCGCUGGUCUCGACCUGGUCAAGGCUGUCAUUAAAGAGGAAGUCCUAUGGCCAGUGCUGAGGUCAGAUGCGUUCAGUGGACUGACGGCCUUACCUCGGAGCAUCCUUUUAUUUGGACCUCGGGGAACAGGCAAAACAUUAUUGGGCAGGUGCAUAGCUAGUCAGCUGGGGGCCACAUUUUUCAAAAUUGCCGGUUCUGGACUAGUCGCCAAGUGGUUAGGAGAAGCAGAGAAAAUUAUCCAUGCCUCAUUUCUUGUGGCCAGGUGUCGCCAGCCCUCAGUGAUUUUUGUUAGUGACAUUGACAUGCUUCUCUCCUCUCAAGUGAGUGAGGAACACAGUCCAGUCAGUCGGAUGAGAACCGAAUUUCUGAUGCAGCUGGACACUGUACUAACUUCGGCUGAGGACCAAAUCGUAGUAAUUUGUGCCACCAGUAAACCAGAAGAAAUAGAUGAAUCUCUUCGGAGGUACUUCAUGAAACGACUUUUAAUUCCACUUCCUGACAGCACAGCGAGGCACCAGAUAAUAGUACAACUGCUCUCACAGCACAAUUACUGUCUCAAUGACAAGGAGUUUGCACUGCUCGUCCAGCGCACAGAAGGCUUUUCUGGACUAGACGUGGCUCAUUUGUGUCAGGAAGCAGCGGUGGGCCCCCUCCAUGCCAUGCCAGCCACAGACCUUUCAGCCAUUCUGCCCAGCCAGUUGAGGCCCGUUACAUAUCAAGACUUUGAAAAUGCUUUCUGCAAGAUUCAGCCCAGCAUAUCUCAAAAAGAGCUUGAUAUGUAUGUUGAAUGGAACAAAAUGUUUGGUUGCAGUCAGUGACAACGUCUUAAAAAUCAGAUGAAUGUUGGCACACACAUACAACCUGCUACAUAGGGAAUAGAGCCCCUUUCCAGUAGUGUUUCGAUUGCAAAGGGUACUGGGGAGAAACGAUGAUUAAGUUGCAUCUUCAGAGUCAGGGCAGAUUUGGAGGAAAAGUACAUCAAAUGAGAGCUUCUGAUUGGAAAGCCCCAGAUCACAGAAAGCAUAUGUGGAAGCUCAGUUCGAUUCACGCUAGACAACACUCACCAAGGAGCAAGGUGCAAGUGUGUUGAUUUCAGAAGGACAUGAACCUCGUGUGUUGAUUCCAUUCUGCUGUUCUCGAGAUUUAGUUGCUGUCAAGUGCCUGGAGUGGUGCUUUAUUUUUUGUUUGCCUCACAAUUACAUUGGUGGCAUGUGCUAAUAUAAAGAGCUUUAACUUCAAACAUUAUUGGACUAAAGAGAUGAACGGUUGUGUUACGACAGAAAACCAGAUUUUUGCCAUUUUAAGAGCAACAGUAUUCCUCAAUCCUGUCUGUUCUGCGGUAUUAAGCUAAGAACAGGUAAAACAGGGUAACGGUAAUCUGGACCUUAAUUUCUGCAGUUCAUUUCUUUUAAUGUUCUUGUCUGCAAAAACUCAGGAAAGUGAUUGUGAUUUGUACAGUACCUCAAAGGAAUGUGUUGAAAGCACUAUGUACUGCUGAGAGUAAUAGGUUAGGCUUCAAUGUUACUUUAUAUUAAAAUGUAUGUUUACCUCAACAAUUGGAAAAUAGCAAGGAAAAUUUCUUUGAAUGUAUCCAGAAAAAAAUACUGAAACGUGAUACAACUGAAUAUUUACAAUUUAAAGUAGAAAUGGAAGGAUUUUUUUAAAAAAAUUCUUUUACUAAUUACGGGGAAUUAACCAGAGCAGAAUAAUUCUUUAUGUCAGUAACUGCAAGAGUUCUUAGUACAUUGCUCCUUGAUAACUAAGUGAAAAUGUUCUGAAAAGGUACACUGGUUAAUGGAAAGCUACUUAUUCAGUUUGUGUUAGUGUCUGGAACAGUCAGCCACAGACCUGGUUAGGACCCUGAAGGACAAGUCACAGUACCUAAAAGCUAUGACUGCCUUUACUGCAGGUGGUAGUGAUGGGGGUGGUGGUGGUAGUUUGCAAGAUAUCUCUUAAACUGCUGGGAAUGGUGUCAUUCUAUUCACUAAUCUAGUUUAUAGGCUUGCCGUGCUGUUUGAUAGAAUGCAGAGGAUAGCAACCAAAACGUACACACACACAAACACACACACAUAAAACCAACCAUUCAAAGAACCUUGAUGUCCCCUCUCCUUUUUGACUCCACUCUUGUCAGUGCAAUUUUGCUUCUCAUUUUGAAACCUGGGCUCUAGUGUACCUGCAUUCAUUUCUACCUCAAUGCUUUUUUGUUUGUUUGUUUCUCCUAGAAAGUAAAAUAGAAAAUUGGAAGACACAACACAUCACAUAUAGCUUUGCCAAACAUUACUUUGUUCUCUUCCAUCUUUCUGCAGAAAUCUAGUCUCCCCAAACAUCAGUAUUUAUGCUUACUUUCACCUCAGUCCACCACCCCCUCCCAUGGAUUAUGUAGCGCGUUUCUUACUUUCCCAUUCCUCUCCUGUUUCCCACCAACUUGUUCUUUGUAUCCUUUAAUGCUUUAUGUGCAACUCCUCAUUGAAAGCUGGCUGAUGUUCUCCAAUGCCUCUGAACAGUCACAGUGCAGGCUGUAGCUUUCCAGAGCCACUGCCUGUGCAUAAGCAGAACAGCCUAGCGUUUUGAAUGUAUUUUUUGGUUUUUGUUUUUCUCCUUUUUUAGUUUAGAGAUGCAGUAACAAAUCUGUUGCAAAGCACUGGCAUUUUAUGUAUUCAAAUAAAUGAUGUACAUUUUUUUAAAAUUUAAAUAAAUGUCAUGAGAAGCCCCAAGAAAGGUCUUUCUGUUAUUUUUUUUUCUUCAAAAAUUUUUUACUGAGCUCAUCCAUGAUGUCAGAUUCUCUGAAACACUACACACGGAGAAAGUUAAUGAGGGACUUCAUGAUAUAUCUGAAAUUUUAUGAUGCAUGAUCAUUAUUGCCCUUUUUUCAUGUUGGUAAAAAAUAAGCAAAUGUACCAGAAUUUAAUUUACUAUGGUAUUAUAGCAAUUAAAACCGUGGUUAAAUAUGAAUAUUCCAUAUUAAAAAGCAGUGCCUUUCAUUAAGGAUACAAAAAAAAAAUUCAAGUAUGUCUCUCGCUUUUCACAAGUGAAUAAAUGCUACGGGCCUGUUCUGGGUCUAUCCUGUGCAUCCCUCAUUGUAAGGAAAUUCUAAUAUUCACAUUAACUUGUAGGUGCACAUUGACCUCACUGACAAGUUUACUUUUGCACAGUGCUGACCUAUUUUCUGUCUUUUACACAUUCAUUACAUCUCAUUUUCGCCAACAUGCUGUGUUCACCUGAAAGCAUCUGGCAAGUUUCAGAAACCCAGUCUUACUUAGACAACUUUGGAAAAUCCAAUAUCAUCCCACAUUUUUGGUGGUUCAUGCGAUUUAAUGCCAAAUAUAUGACUGUAUUGUUUUUCACACUCAUUUAUAAAACUGACAAUAAAUUGAAGUCAUACAUACUGGCUUUAGCUUUAAAUGACUUAAGAAUUAGUUUGAGAUUUGAGUAGUCAAAAAAAUCCAUGUACUUAGCAGAAGCUGAAGUUGUAUGUUGUUUUCAUUUAGCCUCAGGAGUUCUAGAAUUUAAUCUCUUAGGAAAUGAGGCAACUUGAAGAAAUGAAGAUCUGUUGGAAGAGCCGAGGCUGACCUUUGAGCAGAUAGUGCUCUCCUGUGGUUCUUUGCUUCUACAUGGCAUUAUGACCUAGUCUGUAGUCUAGCCUAGGAAUGAGCUCUUUUCUGACCAUCCAUUUGGGGGCUUGAGGUGGGAAUGGAUAGCACAUCCUCAGAAGUGAGUGUGUACAAUCCGGGAUAGCACGACAGAGUAACCAGGCUUCAGCCUCUUUUCAACUCGUAGGAAUUUGAGAAGACUCCUAAUAAAGGUAAGGUAAUGAAUCAGUCCAAAUCCCUUGGCUGCCUGGCCAGGAGAUUCAACCGGUCUGUUUACCAACACCUCAUUCUCGUCUUCACAACUGUAAUAAUAUUUCAAGGAGGACGAUAGGAAGUGACAGAAACUACUUCACCAGAAGGAUCAAUAGAAAUUCCAGAGGUAGUUUAUAAUGACCCAAUAUGUGACACAAAUGGAAAUACUCUACACUUCUGGCAAGCUGCUCUCCAAAAUAUUUAGAUCAUUAGUGACUAUGGAAAACUUUGCUGACUGAGCUGAUCAAUGGAAUGUGAAGGCAGUGUACUUUAAGGCUAUUUACUUUCACACAGAAUGUUUAUCUAUUAGUCAGUUUGUAUUCUACUCAAAUGCAGAUAGACGGGUAUAAUGUUUUCUUGUGCAUUUGAAACCUAUCAAGGAGAAAAUAAACCAUUUCACUAAAAUACAUAGGCCAAACAACCAUCUGGGCAAGUGAUAAAAGCUAUCCAGAGGCUAUGCUAUGUAAAAUAGCAAGGUCAAUUUACAUGGGUUGCAUAGUACUUGGCUAUGCAGUUUUCAAAAGAAUACAUCCAAAAUAAAAUCCAAAUUAAUUCCUCCAAUAGUCAUUAUAAAUUUAAAUAUAUUGGUGGGUUGGAAAGCAUGUUUUAGAAGCAUUUAGAAUCUCUCUGGAAAUGUAUCCAACUCCAAGCAGAAAGAAUGUAAGUCAACUCUCAUGUUUCUUAGCAAGAAUUGGGCAUCAUAAUCAUUGGAUCUGCAUUUUGCAAAGUGAAAGGGAUACAGUUUGUUGAACUAUUGAGGCCACUAAAGUAAAGUUCUAAUAUAUAUAUAUAAAUAUAAAUAUAAAUAUAAUUAGUGCGUGUGUUUGUGUGUGUGUGUGUGCUGUUCUCACCACCACCUGUUUUAACUUUAAAACACAUUAUUUUACAUUAUUCAGAAUCAACCAGUUACUUCCUUUCUUUAGAUGUGCCGAGAUACACACAACUUCUUUACAAUUCCGUGUUUUAUGUGUUUUUUUUUUCUUCACGAAAAAUACAGUCUUCAGUUGUUGGAUCAUCUGCCAAUAUUUCUGUGAAGCACAUUAGCAAACAUGGAGCUAUUAGUAUUUCAGAAUUCACAACCAGCUGUACUUGUGACUAACCGACACAUGAACUGAAGCUCACACUCUGCUAAGACCUUUGGUUGACAUUCGAUUUUGAACCUGCCAGAUGCAUUUGUGUGAACCAGGGAUACUGCAUCUUUAAUGAACAAGUCUCUCCUCUUUCCCCUGUUUUUAAAUACAACACAAGCAGUGUAGCACUAGGCACUGCAAUUGUCAAAGACAAUUAGACUGAAAGCAGGAAAAUUUCACCUCCCUGUCUCAGUGAUAUGUAGAAUGUCGGCAGCAUGGGUCAGCUUCGCCACAGAGUUGUGUGAGAAUAUAUGAAUCAGUCCUAUAGAAUGUUAAAUAUUUAUAAAAUGGAUCUGUAGUACACCAAGGUUGGGAGCACAUUCAUUCCUUGUUGUUUUAUAUAUAUAAAAAAGCAAAACUUUAUUUCCAGGCUUUAACUCCCUCUCCCUCUCUCUCUCUUCCCUCCCUCUCUCCCCUCCCCCCUCCCCCCAUCUCUCUCAUGGGUCUGUCUGUGGAUGAGUUUCCCUUGUAGAUUAUAUACAGUUGCUAGAGAAUAUUCACUUCUUUGUUUUGCUUUUAUCAUCUGACUAUAUCAAAUGUCGUUCUUUAUAACCAUUUCUACCUCAUUGCUACAUAUUGUACAUGUAGUAUUUAUUUGUUGUCUUUUUUUGAAUGUCAUGCAUUUCGUAAGAAAAAGACUUGUCCUUGAACUUGAACAGUCUACCUCAGAAAGACUGUCUUUACACUGAACAGUAUUAGCAACGUAAAUGAUAAGACGCAUUAGCGAAGUGUGGCAGGGUAGAUAAUGCAUGAGUACUUGGGAUACUGAUGGACUUUUAAUUGUACUCAUAACACAGACUGCUUAAAAGAACUUUAAAGAAAUUAUGCACUGUGUAGGUCUUCAUCAAGGUCCCAUUUGGGACAUAAUAAGGAAUACAGCUUUAUUCCUAUGCGCCCAUCUCAGAAAUGUAUUAGCAUUCCCAAGUACUUUCCACUGGCAAUCUGGCUACUUAAGACAAACAAAUUAAAACAGCAUUUUGAUAUUCUUUUGACUGACACCCUCAGCUCCUAAAUUUAAGAGAAUUAUGGUACUCAAUUGUGCACUCUUCAGUGAUUAGAAAUGCCUUCACUGUAAUUCUGUGACUCCUGACAUAAAUUAAUAAAACAAUGCAUUCGCAAGGGCCUGUACAACACUGAAAAUAAACCAAAAAAUUAAAAAUGGCACUUCCCAAAGGAAUUAACAAAUAUGGAGUCAUGGUACUUGCAAGUCCCAUAUCUGAAAGCAUUUUGUUUCUGACUUCCCUUUAUAACAUAUAUUUGUUUAUUGAAGUAAUUGUACAACUAAUGGCACAUUGAAUUGCUUUGUAUGAAGUGUUUUAUAUUUUACUAUUUAUUUUAGCAUUCAUUCUUUUUCUUUACCAGUUCUAUAUUACAGUAGCAAAAGAACACUUUUUAAAAAUGCUGAAAAGGGUCCACCACCCACCCAAUCGAUGAAUGGACUUUUGAAGUUGCUUGUCAGCAAACUGUGGAUAUUUUACAAAAGCAAAUGAACUGUGACAAUCCACAACUCCCACAGAUGUGAAUUCAGAAAUGCAUCUGAAAACUCCCGGUAUGCCUGACAAUCUAUUCCUUAAGUUUCAUUAACAAAGUGGCAUCCAAUCCUUUCACUUACAAUUCCUUGCAGAAAUGUAUUGUCUAGAGGCUGUCUAGUAGUGAUUAAGAGAAGGGUUUUGUUUUGUUUUGUUUUGUUUGUUUACUGUAUUAGGUGAGGAAUGCCAUAUUUCUUGUCAGCUAACAGUACUUGUCUGAGAUAGAAUUUUUAAAAAAGAAGAAAAAGAAACUUAACUAAUUAAAAUUUCUGUGCACUUUGCUUCCCUGACCAUAUUGAUUUUAUUUGCUUAAAUUGAAACAAUAUGCUAGAUUUGACCAGAUUUUGACCCCUUGUGAGAAGAAAAGCCCUAUAUAGUACACGUUUCUUUGGGUUAUUCUAGUACUGUUUGCUUAUUUGUUCUGCAAAUUCCAAAUCAUUUUUUUCU